AUGGGAACGGCCUUCACGGAGCCGGACGGCAUCCAAGCUGAUAAGCCCGCCGAGCAGUGUUUCUACCGGUCUCCGAGUCGGGAACCCGCGGGGCCGGCCGGUGUGCUCCUCGAUCCGCCGGGAGCCGGGCGGGCGGCGCUGAUGCACCUCAACUACGACAACAACAUCCUCGACCAUUACGACAGGCGCGGGCCUCCCCAUCCCGCCCGAACAGGUCAAGGGGGCAUGCCGCCGGCUCGUCGAGAGAUGGAGGGCCCGGCCCAGGCCGCUACUCGAGGAGCAGACGCGGGAGGGGGUGACGACAGGGAGCGUCUCAGGAUCCUCGCGCUGCGGAUCCAGUCCCACGUACCUCUCCAUGGCAGCUGA